AUGGGGUCUGCAAAUAUCAGUCAAAUGUUAGCAGAAAUGCGUCAACUUGUUAUGAAUCUUCAGCAUCGGGAACGUAUAAUAGAUAUGGCACUUGCAAAAAGUCAGAUUGUUAGCGACAAAAUUUCUGGAAUGAAAGAGUAUCAGGAAGAAGUAGCAAAUAUGAAUGGAUGCUGGCGAAUGCAAGGUCGAAAAGCAUUAAUAGCUGGACUUCAACAAGAAAAUCGCCAAAUUUUGCAAUUACAAAAUGAAAAUAGUGUAUUAUUCGUAAGGAAGUUCGCAGAAAAUGAGAAGCAGUGGCUGAAAUUCGGCGAAGCUUUAAAAUUGAUCAAGCUGCUGGAUGAUUGUUUCUCAAAAGGUGAAGCUCAAUCCAAUCGUGACCAAGAGACAAUUGCAAGAGUAUCAGCUGAAAAUGCGUGUUUGCGAGAACUUCUUAAUAUUUCAUCAAGAAAUGAACCAGGUGUUUGUAAUUUAUUUUGCACUUGGGCUUCAUCACAACAUAAUUUGAUAAACGGCUUAAUACGAGAAAAUCGCGGCAUUGAGGAGAGUGAAGAAGGUCGAGAAGAAGCUUCAACACCUAGAAGCACUUCUCAAAAUGAUUGGGCUGAUAGUAUUAUCGAUGAUACAUCUUCAGUGGAGCGAUUACAAUUCUUGACUAGGCUGGAUCCAUUAGGUGAAGUCCCAGUACCUGCUCUUCGAAAUGCAACAAUUCAAUGA